UGUAAAAAAGGAUUUGAGGUUUUUGCUAUCUCAACUCAAUGUACUCAGUCAGUUCAACUAAAAUGUGUUGUGUACUUGAAAUAUCAAGUUUUUCUGCGCCCAACUAAUCAGUUUAAUCAGAAUCAUUCAGGCAACAUACAUUUCUUAGUUGACUCAACUUAUGUACAUGUGGUCCCUGCAAAAGUGCAUAUGCGACCCCACACAGCCAACAAGGGCUAUCAACCUCCUGCAGCACCAUGUGCCACAACAAACCUUUUCGGAUCAGGAGUUUUCCAAGGUAAGAACACACUUUUACUCUGCUUGUAUUUAUCAAAAUGCUUGUUUAAGUAUUGCUAGACAGGUAAAUAAAUGUUACACUGGAUUGUAAAAUUAAACUUUGCAGCAGCAUUUUUUAGUAACAUAAGAUUGUUUAUGGUAUUUAAAAGAAAGCAACUUUUAGUUGCUGCAGUUGUAAUGUUAGCUCAACUAUGAAUUCAUAUCUAUGCCCCAUACCCCCCCACCCCACAAGAGAAUGGAGGAAAUAAAAUGUAUGAAUGCAUGACCGUUCAGGGCUUCUGUAGUGUGUGAUUUUAAGAACAAGUAAGUAAGCUAAAUAAAUCAUGAGAAAUGUUAUAGAAUGCAAUGCUAGACAUUUCUUUUUCAGCCUUGUGUGGUUGAAUGAGUUUACAGUACACAAUUCAUGUCCAGUUCUUAAUAGUUAAGUGCUAAAGACAAAUGAGAUCCACUGGAAAGAUGAUGUCUCACUCUUUUAGAUUUGAUGGAAUUAAACAAACAUAUUACAUUGGUGUUACAGAGUGGAAGUCCUUCUCAUUAAACAUCUUUCACAAGUAGCCUACUCUGCUCUGUUUUACUUUCAGGUUGAUCAUGUGGCAGUUCUUCUAAGACAGCAGUUUCUACAACACAGCAUCCCGCUAUAUGAGCAACUGAAAGCAAGUGCUGAAAUUUAAAUAUUAACUGGGCAGCAGUGAGCUGGAGAGUACUACAGAACAACCAGCCCUGUGAGUUAUAUGAAUUGGAUCUGCAAGUUCUGCACGUUUUCUUCAGCCAACCAACGAAGCAUUCUAAGGCACACACUGCAAGGGCAUGCAGACCGUCAUCUACUGUACCCAGCAUGUUGCUUCAUGUCAUUCUUGCGGAUGAUGACAUCCGUAGGGUCCAGAUUGAAACUCUUCCAGAGACAGUGGAUGAAUUGAAGACUGCACUCAAGAGCAAGCUCAAUCUAGAGGGUGAUAUUGUUAUCCAGUUUCAAGAUCCAGAGUUCAACAAUGAGCUCUGCAACUUGGCUGACAUGUCUGAGCUACCUACAGAGAGACCAAGGUUGAAGGUGUUACUAAAGGCACCACCCCUUACAACCCCCUAUGUAGCCUCACUGGACACUUCAUCAGACACAGCCAGCAUGUCCUCAGCAUGUUCUCUAACAAGCCCUCGUUCCAAGCAAUGGCCCGACUAUUUCAUCAUUCCUACUUUCACUUAUGAUGUUGAACUUAAGCUCAGAAAAGGAAAUGAGGCUUAUAAAAAAGAUGGUUCUCUACUUACUGUGACAGCUGCUAUGAAAAGAGACAUACUGGACAGAGUAGGCAGUGCUAUGUAUGAGUACAAUGCAUAUCCAACAUCAAAACAAAUUGAAGAUGUUGCUAAAGCCCUAGUUGAGAAGCAUCCCUGUUUAAGAGAGCCGGGUUCUUCCCAUGGAUGGUACUGCUGGAAGUUCAGCCUCACUUUUAAGAUGGGUAACCUCCGUCAGAAAUAUCGCAUUGCUGGUUGCCCAGAGCUUGCAAUCAACCAAAAGAGGUCAAGCACAUCAACUGGGAACAGGAAACUGAAGAAAGCCAGACGUUCUGAGAUCAACUUCUUGCCAGAUAUUCCAGAAGGGAAGUCUCCAGAUGGCCUUGAAACUGAGAGAAUAGCUCUGAUAGAAGAGAUGAAGAAAAAGAACAGAGACGGCAAAAUGAUGGAUGCCCUGAUGGACAGCACCUUUGCGUUGCGAAGGAAGGAGAUUGUUGAUGGUGAGCCUCCUGUCUCCGAAAUUGAAGAUAGGUGGCCAGCACUGUUCUCAGAAAGACAGAUCAGUGCAGAGUUCCGGCGCCUGGUUUCAACUGAACUCCAUCGGUCUUUCUUUGAUGGACUGGACAAAUAUGUCUCGAGACUGCUGGAAAUGUACAAAGUGCGAAGAAGCAGCAGUGCAGACCUGCGUGCUCUGCUUCAGCCCCUCGACAUAGAAACUUCAAACCAGAAGAGAAGAGCAGCUGCUUUGCUUGGACUUCCGUAUUACUUGAAGGAGGAUCCAAAAGGUUUCAUCUGCGUCUGUGAGACUGGCAGUUCAGACGAGGAGGCAACAAAAGGAGUGGACAUCGGGCUCUUGAUUGUUGUGGAGGAAGGUGCAAGAAAACAGGAGUUGCUGGCAAAGGAGGUAGUUGAUGUUGCUGUUAUACUGGAGGAGCACAUCAUUCUGCAUGACCAAAGGGAUGUUGCCAAUGCCUUUGCUACAUUGAUAGGUCUUUUGUACUGUCUUAACAUAGACUAUCCAAAAGGACUCAAGUACACAUUUGAAGUGAUUCAAAAAGUUUUCAUGGGCAUCGGAAGUGGCAAUUGUUCAGCCAAAGUUCAUCGAAUCCGAAACAAGAUGCUUCAAGGACAAGUGUAGUGGCAAGUUGGCCAGCUAUCACUGUUUGGGAACAAAUGUAUAUAUCUAAGAUAUGUUGAGAAGCCUAUAGUCAAAAGAAAAAGGCCUGUAAGUCACAGAAAAUGCCUAACGUAGGUAUUGUAAUGUUGACCGUUGUAAUGUUAUUUUUUCAGUUAUUUUUUUCUUAACUUGGAAUGUUGUAGUUAAAUUGUAUGAACCUUUAAGCAGUUAGCUUUUAUAUUUCACAAUUUAUACCUUUAUGCCUCGACAGUUAUUGUGGGGUUGAACACAGUACUCAGGCUAUUCUGCAGAGAGUCUUAUAACCACAAAUGUUUAUACAGUAAAACUACGUAACAUAGUAGAAUAAAAAUAGAAAAGGUCUAUAUUCAAAAGAAAAAGGCCUGUAAAAACCAUAGAAAAUACUUGUUGUAAAUGUGUUGUAAAUUUUAUAACAGUGUUUUUGUAGUAUGUAUGUAGUAUUUGUUCAGUCGAGACAUACUUGAAAUCUACUUGAAUUGCAAGUUAAAUUGCAGAAGCUUUUAAGCAGGUAGCUUUUAUAUUUCACAUCUACCUUCAUACCAUGACAGUUCCUGCAUGGUAGCAAACAAGCACAAUAUUAAGGUUAUUUUACAGAUAGUUUUAUUCUGUAAAUUUUGAAGAUAUUAAAUAUUAGAAAUGUGUUAAAUAUGUGGCAAUUGUAUUGUCAUAAUACAAUUCAUGUCAUAAUUAAUUCAAUGAAGUUUGAAAUUAAAUAAAAUGGCAUUCUGAAUGUU